GCACCGCGUACUUAAGGCCGCGCACGGCGGGGCCGGGCCAGAGCAGCGAUCGGCGCAGACGGACGGACACCGGGACAGCGCGGACACCGCUGAGGGCACCGCCACUGCCACCGCCAGAGCCACCACUACUGCCCGGCCACCACCGCAGGCACCACUGAGGGCACCGCCACUGCCACCACCGCAGCCACUGCCCAGCCGACGCUCCAACCCCUCAGGAGAUGCUGCCAGCCACGUCCAAGCUCUGCGCCGCCAUCUCCUACCGCCACCUGCGCAACAUGACCGGUCUGAGGAGACAAGCUGCCGUGGCCAUCAGCCAGGAGCUGAGCAGGCUGGCCAGCCACAGCCCAGGACCCAGCACUUGGAUCCACCAGGUGCGCAGGAGAAGCUCCUUGCUCAGCUCAAGGCUGGAGGAGAAACCCUUCAGCGAGAUGGAAAUGUCUUACAUCAAGCAAGGAGAGGAGGCCCUGCAGAAAUCCCUCAGAAUCCUGGAGGACCAGGACGACUGGAAGACAGAGACGGUGGCGGGUAACGGGGACAAAGUGCUGAGCAAGGUGCUGCCAGACGUGGGGAAGGUGUUCCGGCUGGAGGUGGUGGUGGACCAGCCCCUGGACACGGUGUAUGGAGAGCUGGUGGACAACAUGGAGCAGAUGGGAGAAUGGAACCCCAGCGUCAAAGAAGUCAGGAUCCUGGAGAAGAUUGGGAAGGACACAGUGAUCACCCACGAGAAGGCGGCCGCGACCCCUGGGAACAUCGUGGGGCCCCGGGACUUUGUGAGCGUGCGGUGCUCCAGGAGACGUGGCUCCACCUGUGUCCUGGCAGGGAUGUCCACCACCUACGGGGCCAUGCCCGAGCAGGAGGGCUUCAUAAGGGCUGAGAAUGGUCCCACCUGCAUGGUGCUGCGCCCGCUGCCUGGCAGCCCCUCCCGGACCAGGCUCACCUGGCUGCUCAGCAUUGACCUCAAGGGGUGGCUGCCCAAGACCAUCAUCAACCAGGUCCUGUCCCAGACACAGGUGGACUUUGCCAAACACCUGCGGCAGCGCCUGGCCCGGCCGGUGCCUGCGGCCUGCUGACCACCAGGGCCUGCUGACCACAGCCUGCUGACCACCAGGGCCUGCUGACCACAGCCUGCUGACCAC